AUGUCUCUAUUGAAAUACAAUCCAGGAAUCGCUUUUCACCCCAAGCCAACCCUUUUGACCGCAUCACUUCAUUCAGGAAGUAUCCAAAUGUGGAGCUUUCAGAUGGGAACAUCAGUCAAACGAUUUGACAAACACAAUGGUCAGGUUUGUGGGAUUGCCUUCCAUCCAAGUCAACCACUCUUCGUGUCAGUUGGAGUUGACUACAAACUCCAGUACAGGUCUGGAAUUAAAAACGACGACGUCUCAUUUCACCGUGAACAUCCAUGGAUCCCUCCUGCCUCUCAUGACCAGACAAUUCAAAUAUGGAAUUGGCAAUCUCGUCAAUGUAUUCCUAUCUUAACCGGUCAUAAGUAA